AUGCUAGAUUGUAUCCUGAAUAUCUUAGAUAAAGAUAUAAACGUACUUUCUUGUGCGAAAUAAGUGCUAUGUUAUUUAGUUCCUAUAUAUUUCAGCUAUAUUUUACUCUCCUACAUCUAUUCCACUUAUAGAAUCUCUCAAAAUACAAAAAAAGCCUUGCUACAUAGAGUUUAAAGAGACGCCAGGAAAUUUGACUUUCCUCUAGUAGAUGAUACCAAGAAAAAAUUGAUCUUAAACUCUAGUAUUGAAACUUUAAGAAAGCUAUAAAUUGAAUAGAAGAUCAAGAGUGAGGACAUUGUCAGUGUGUUCUCCUAAAGGUGCUAUACCAUAGGCAGAGAAUUGAAUCUAAUAACAGAGGAGUUUUAUGAUUCAGCUCUUGAAAUCGCUAGAAAAAAAGAUAAAAUGCUUGGUGACGCUUUGAAGAACAAUGAUUUGUCAAAAAUUGGGCCACUUCAUGGAAUUCCCUUCUCAGUUAAAGACUAGAUUCAUGUUAAAGGAAUUAGAUCUACAGUUGGCUGUGGAUACUUGGUUGAUAAUUUCAAUCCUGACGAUUCAUCUAUCGUUUAAGUUUUGAGAGAACAAGGUGGCAUCCCUUUUGUGAAAACCAACUGUCCAUAGAUGACUCUCUACCUUUAAAGUGAAAACUAUAUGUUUGGUAAUGCCAACAACCCAUAUGAUCAAACAAGAACUUGUGGUGGAAGUUCAGGAGGAGAAGGAGGUGUUUCAGCUACAAGAUGCUCACCUUUUGGAAUUGGUACUGAUGUACUUGGGAGCAUUAGAUGUCCAGCUCUCUUUAAUGGAGUCUUUGGUUUUAGAUCCACACCUCAAAGAAUGAGUUGGUAAGGAUGCUCAUUGCCUAUGCCUUAUGGUAUCACUGAUUAAUGGUUUAUCGCUCCAGUACCUGGUCCAUUGGCAACUAGAGCUGAAGACAUAGCUUAUGUAACUAAAAACCUGAUAAAUGAUAAAAUGUUUUUCAGAGACAAAAAUCUUUCGCCAAUUACUUAUUCUGAGGAGGAAUUUCAAUCAUGUCUUAAAAAGAAGUACAAGAUUGCCUAUUUUGAUGAUUUGGGAAUUUCAUCCUCAUCAUUUCCAAAUAAAAGAGCAGUUAACAUCGCUAAAUAGAAACUUAAGGAACUUGGACAUGAGUUGGUGCCUCUUAAAAUAUCUUUGGAGGAUCACAAACGUAUGAAAAUCAUUAUCUACAAGUCUUUGUAUAACUGCUAUAUUGAACGUAUGAGUAAGCUCUUUAAUAAUAAGUAUGAGAAAAUUCUCAAAGAAAUGGCGUUCAACCUCUUUUUUAUUAGACAAGGAACUAUUGUUAAAAAAAUAAUUGUCUUCUUAGUCAGCUUAAUCAGCAAAAGAGCUGCAGAAGUAAUGUCUUAAGCCAAAAAGUAUGAAAUUUCAGACCUUGACGAGCUUUACAUGGAAAAAGUACAGUUAAUGAAAGAACUUAACAAUAUGAUUGAUGAUAUGAAAAUUGAUGCAAUUAUAUGUCCAGGCUUUGCUCUUCCAGCAUAUACAAACAAAGAAUGUGAACUAAUGGGACUUUAAAUGGAUUUCUUCAAUGUACCAAACUUCCUUUAAUUUCCUGUUGGAGUGAUCCCAGUCACUGAGGUCAUGGAAGGAGAGGAUAUUGAUUUCGUUGAUAGCUAUAAUGAUAUAAUAACUAGUUCAUUUAAAAGAGCAUUAAAAGGAUCUAAAGGUAUGCCAGUGGGCAUAUAGAUCGCUACACCUAAAUGGAAAGAUGAGUAAUGCCUUGCUAUUAUGAAGAUAUUAGAUGAUGCAAUUAAGUUUAGAAAAACUCCAGAGAAAUAUUUUAAGCAUGAAUGA